UAUCAGUUCUCUCUCUCUCUUCCUCUCCUAUCUAAAAUCUGGUUUGAAUUUUGAUGAAAAUUUGCUUCUUCUUCUUCUUUUUUAAUUCUGAGUAAUUUUGCAUUUUUAGGAUUCUUAUCCCCCUCGGAAAUUAUGAGUAUCUGCUUAUUGACAGGCCUUUAUUUUUGGUAAUCAGAUCUUGAGCAAGAGCAGCGUCUUUUUCUGUGAAACCAUGGCCCUGACAAAAAAUAUUGUACGAAGAUGAGGUUUGAAUCUACCUUGCAUGCACGGAAAACAAACAAAAAUACUUACAAGAUAUUCAUUACAGCAGAGUAUAGUGGUGUGGAAGUUAAACUUGCACCAAAUUUUGAGAUGGGUGUUUCUAAUAAAACUCCUCAAUAUCUCAACAUGAACCCUAUUGGCAAGGUUCCUGUGUUGGAAACACCAAAUGGUCCAAUAUUUGAGAGUAAUGCAAUUGCUCGCUAUGUUGCUCGGUUGAAGAGUGACAAUGCAUUGUAUGGAUCUUCUCUCAUUGACUAUGCUCAAAUUGAACAGUGGAUUGACUUUUCCACAUUAGAAAUAGACGCUAAUAUUAAUGCUUGGUACCGACCAAGAAAUGGACAAGCCCCUUACCAUCUUCCCGUUGAGGAAGCUAAAAUUUCUGCAUUGAAGAGAGCCUUGGGGGCAUUGAACACUCACCUCGCUUCUAAUACUUACCUGGUUGGGCAAUCUGUGACCUUAGCUGACAUCAUCAUGACGUGCAAUUUGCAUAGAGGUUUCACUCGCCUCAUGACCAAGGGCUUCACCUCAGAGUUCCCUCACGUAGAGAGAUACUUUUGGGCCUUAGUCCAUGAGCCCAAAUUCCAAACGAUCAUAGGUGACGUUAAGCAGACUGAGGCUGUUCUUCCUCUGCAAGCUCCACAGAUGCCUUAUUAAUCAUCCAAGAAGGCCCAAUUGAACAAUGAGGCCCAAUAAGAGCUUGAGAAGCCCCGAGAAGAGGGAAUAGCGGGGGAGCUUCGUCCAAGCCUUGUGAAAAGUUAAUCUUAGUUGGAAGGCUGUUUAAGUUAAUUACUUGUGAGGUAUCUUUGUUGAAUAAAAUUUAUUAUAUUGUUUAUUUUAUAUUGAAGUCUAAGAUGUGGUUUGGAUUUUCUAUAUUCACAAAAUAAAUGUAAAAUGUGUAUUUGGAGGGGAUGGUAGGAAAAAACAAUUUAUAAUCCCUUUAUUUAAUAUUAUAAGAUACUCUUAACCAAA